AUGAAUGAGGGUAGUACUCCUACUAACCUCGAAAGUCAAACAAUCACUGAUGAAGAAUCUACGAAUUCUGGUAAUACUGAAUCAGAAAUUGAUAAUUUUUAUACAGAGGAAACAGAAAUCACUGAUGAAGAAUAUACGAAUUCUGGUGAUACCGAAUCAGAAAUUGAUAAUUUUUAUACAGAAGAAAAAGAAAUCAUUGAUGAAGAAUAUACGAAUUCUGGUGAUACCGAAUCAGAAAUUGAGAGUUUUUACACAGAGGAAAUAGAAAGUCUUGAAAAUUUAAAAAUUGGCGAAGAAUUGCAGAGUUCAUAUUCCGAAAAUCAUUCCGAAGAAAGUAGGCCAAAUUCGACAUUACCACUGGUCAUAAAAGUUUCGGGUAUUCUUAAUACAGACCCAUGGAGUCCUGUAUUUACAAAACAAAGAACGGCUAUUAAACCAACGAGUUUGUCAGUUUGGCGAGCAGGUUUUAUCAGACAUAUUGGGACUCUAAUAUCAGUGAAAUCUUUUAAAAAGCCUGAUGCAGAAAAGCCCAGAGAUGAUCAAGAAAAGAAGGAUUUUAAACCAAGUUUAAUCUACAUUGGGGCUAAACCGAUCAAACCUAAAGUGCCUAAAUUUAUCACCUCUGUCAAAAACAGAAUGUCAAUUUUUCGAGGAAAACCUCUCGCCAAAUGCCUUGGAAAACUAUUCAUCAAUCUACAUGACAAACUCAUCAUGGCUCGACGCAAACAAGAAGAGAUACAUCAAAGCUUUUUAGAUGAAAGAUUAGCCAGAUCUAUAAAGGAACGUAAACUUAUAUUAGAUCAGGCGAGGAAGGACGCCUUAAUCGUGAAUACAGAGGGCAAACUAUUUGGCAGGGAUUUAUUGGCGAUAGAAGAUUUACCUGCUACUCCUUGGACCGCGAGGAUUGAAAUUCGAAUUUUAAAUAAACACGUAGUCCAAUCACCACUGGAAGCCCAAGCCCUUUUUGAUAAGAUCCCCGUGGAACUAUUUGUGAGGAAAGUUGUAGAAGAACAUGGGACUGUUGUGUUUAGUAACACCACCUGCGUCGUUUGCCUAAAGUUGGUGACACUUUUGAGGAAUUCUGAUAUCAAGCAUGUCAACCUAAGAUUAGAUAAAAUGGGAGUUUAUGGGGAUAGGAUAAACGAAUAUGUACAAGGAGAAUACUCCCAUAAUUUACCUGCUAACGUCUAUUAUCAUGGAUUACAUCCGGAUUUUGUUAGAAAAUGCUACAGCGUCAUCGAAACGAAUGAUUCAGACGCUAUGAUCGGAUUAUUUCCAGAUACGUAUGAUUUAAUUGUAGUAGGUGGUACAUCCCUCGGACUUCAAACAGUAUUUGAAUCACGACUCCUGGGUGUAAAGGUUUGCUUAGUCGAUAGUCCCCUGAGGCCGGCAGCAUCACGGCCCAUAACAUUCCUGGGGAAAUCGACUUUAUCAGAACCUAACGUUUCGAAAAAAAUUUUAUAUUAUUUGCUUUCGCUCAGGAACCGAGCGAGAAAGCAUCACAUCGGAGAUUAUUCUAUAGAUUCGAUGAAAAGAAUUCACUCUGACUGGACCAGACUUUCUUCAUCUGCUCGCAAAUUGAUUGCGAAAUUAAGCUCGAAUAAUAUGAGUUCCCUUUAUAAUGUCGGAGCAGGUUUUUUGAAAUGUGGAUUAAAGUUCGUUGAUCGUCACACUGUUGAGAUAACCAACUCCGAAUCUGAAAAAUACACGCUCCGUUCCUCAUACUUCAUUAUGGCAAACCCUAUGCAACACAAGAUACCAAAUAUCCCAGGUAGUCAAUACUGUUUUACACCCGAUCAGAUAUUUUCUUUACCAAACUCUCCAGGCAAAACAUUGAUAUAUGGAGCGACUCGGUCGGCUGUUGAAUACGCCGGGCUUCUUGGAAGCAUGGGAUUCCCGGUAACCAUAAUGGCACCGACAAAAAUCAUGGAAGAAUGUGACGGUGAUAUGGUAAAGUGCAUUAAGGAUAACAUGAAAUAUUAUGGCAUAAGAAUAAUUGACGAGUGCGUUUUAUCUACCAUUAAAUUGGUUACCGUGGCUGGCGAAAAAGAUAACAGUCUGAUUUCUGGGAGCGAUGAAUCAUUGUAUAAAUUUAAAUGGAAUCCCCUGCAAAGUAAGGCCCGAAAAAAGAAAAAGCGAAUGAAGCAGCCGCGACGCCGAGGCCGCUACCGCAUGGUACGUCAAUGCGAACUAAAUAAAGUGAUUGAACAAGCUCUAUUAACUUGGGAAGUAUCCCCAAAAGUGUUGAAAGCCAUAGUCGAAGCCGGUCCUACUAUGCGACAGCUCAAAGAAGAGAAUGAAAGGAACAAGUUUGAUUCUGUUGCAUAUAAAAAGAAAAUUACAGCAAUAAAAAAACAAAAGAAUGCAAUAAGAAAACUGUUUAGAACUGGCGGUGCCGGAAAUAAAUCCUUUAGACGCAUCAAACAGUUACACUCGAGAACCGGACAAGUAAGAAGAAAACGUAGAUUACGAGUUGCAGAAAUGCACGCAAAAGAAGGACAAAGGAAAGUUAGCCGGAAACGGAGAAGAAGAAAGAGUUUAUCCUGGAAGUUUCUUAACCUCUUUCUUGCUUCAUCUCCUGAUGAAAGAAAGUUGGCUUCAAUAAAUAUCAGGAAUAAAAAACCUCCGUUACUGAAGAAACCAAUCCGUUAUGGACCGCACUACAGUUAUAAUCCUAAAUCAAGAGUAGGCGUCUACUUCCCAGGUGGUACUGCCCUAAGGCUUUCAAGAAAGGGUAAGUACUUUAAACAUUUAACCCCGAUUACACCAUCCAAAUUCAAAAGAAGAAAACCGUGGUCAUCGUCAUUAUGCAAGCCUGUAAAUGAUUUUAUGAAUUCCCUUGAAAAUUUACAAGACACAGAUGGUAAAGGAUAUAAUUUUGAUGACCUCUCCUCAGAAGAAAUAAAAGACAAGCGUGCUGAUAACAUAAUACAAGAGUAUAACAAGGAAAAAUUCGAAAUAAUUGAUAUAUUCAAAUCUAAAGUUAUACUUGUCGAUGUAAAUGGUGACACCACCUACAACUUAGAUGACAAACAUUUUAAAGAAUAUAUGGUACUAUCUUUAAAAAACAUUGACAAAACCCUUAAAAAAAUGUUAAUGAUAUGUCGAAACAUAGAGUUUAAAAGUCAAUGUUUAACAAUAAUACGAUUUUUGGCAAAAAUAAUUCAAAUUUUACGUAUGUUUCACUUGUAUAUUAAUUGGAAGCUUAGGAACCGUAAAAAAUUUUAUAAAAAAUCAAGAAAGAAUCAUCGAAAACGGCGUGAUGCUGAACAAAUAUUAAACGAUACGUUGGCAGUUGAAAUGAAAUACAAAAUGAUACAGAACAAUAUGUUUAAUGUUGCAAAGAAUUUAGACACUCUUAUGUCAUAUAUAUUUGUUUCAGCUUGCAAUGUAAUCGCAGAAGGAUCAAAUGAGUGUACUGAAAGCGAAGAUGUAAGUAACCGAGAUUCUUCGUGGGAAGAACACUCUAAAAAUGCUUCAUUAUUUGGCAGUGGCACCACACCUGAUCGCAAAUCAUAUAGGCACAAAGAUCCGAAUCUGUCAUUCAAUUCUCGUAGAUUUUACAACAAGCAGCGUUUCAUCCGUACCUGUAUGGGUUCAAAAGUUGAUAUUGUCGAUCCAUAUUUAUCUAAUAAAGAUUCGAGAUUGUAUAUAGAUGACAACUAUGUUUCCCCUUUCAGUUUCGGAUCUGGAAGACCAGCGAACUCUCCCAAGUAUGAUAUUAACCCAGAGCUCCAAAAGUUAAUCUCUCGCUUUAAAAAAUCUAGAAAGGGAAAAAAAAUUAGAAAAAUAAGGCCUGUACCAAACAUAGAGAGUUCGCUAAACAUUUUGAGACUCUUGAAAGAACAAAAUGACAAUUUACAAAAAAAAGAGAUGAUGCCAUUGAGCAUCGAAUCAGAAGUUGUAUCGGACGCAAGGGAACGAAAUUCUUUGCCAGACCGAAAAAAAAUAGAAAACCUCCGAAUACAAGGGGUCCGUUCUGAACUACAUUUUACGGAAUUCCCAUCUUUUGGAGGAAACCAAAUGGUAUCGAACAUCAUUGAUGUUAGCAUCAACUCGGUAACAUUGCAUAAAACGAAAUUUAGUAUUAAAUACGAUAAAUUAAAACCAGUGAGAGGUAUGCGAACGCGUAAUCAAAUCAUUAUUAAACAAAUUAUCGAUGAGAACAAUUCUAAAAGUUCACAAAAUUCUAGAGAGAACAAAACGAAGUUAAAUUUCAGAAACUUCGUGGCAAUGAAUUUCGGCACUCAGUAUAAAAUGAGCUCUAGUUUAUCUCAACGUGAUAAUUAUCUAAGUACCCUUGUUAUACGAUCAGAAGCAAAAGCAAAAAAAUUCAAACCUCUUAAAUGGGGAAGUUUAGCAAUGUACCAAAAAAAGGUUUAUAGAGACAGGAAUAUAUUCCUUCAGUCUUUGAAAGCAAAUGUUAAACCAAGACCUAUAUACUAUUUAUACGACUACGAAGUAAGUGAUUCCGUCACCGAAAGGUUAGGUCUAAGCACAGUUCAACCAAAAUGUACAAACAGCUUAGUCAGUUUAGAGAGUGUACAAAGACUACACCCAACACUUUUCAAUUCAUCGAGAAUGCGUGGUAUUGGUGCUGAAUCCAGCGAUCCGUCUAAUGAAAUAAUUUUUGAAAUUGAGGAUGACAAAUCCUCCAAUAUCUUGGAUAAGAUAUUACAAAAUGAACCGAGGUUAGAUAAUGUACCAUCGACCCAUGGGGUUAUGACCACUUGCAAGGCGGAAAAAGCAUCUCAUGAGAAAUAUUCCGGGUCAAAAUCAGUACCAAAAGAGAGUAGUACUGGCAAAUCAAUUAAUUUGGAAAGGUCAGGCCCAAUCGAUAACUCUCGUAAAAAUAUUACUAAAUCUGUAUUAUCAACAGACUAUUCGCGUCAAAAAAUUCUGAAAAAUACUGUUGAGGAAAGCAAACGUCUGAACGAUUCAUCUUCUUUUAUUGCCGAUCAGUAUACAGAUAUUUUGAAGGUAGCUCCUCCUGAAAUGGAUAGAUCUUCACCGGUAAAUCUCGAUUCGUAUAUAAAAGGGAAAUACCCCGUGGUUGAUUUGAGACGUUUAGGCACCAUUGAUGAGUUUAAGCCAAAUCUGAAGUCAGCACUAAACUUACAGGGCUCCUUGGAUCCAUUUUCGAGUAUGUUAGAUCGUUUUGAAUCUAACAUGAGGCUGUUUCGCAAUAAAAAAAUAAACAGUCAAAAGGAUACAACCAGUAUCCCAUCAACUUCAAAAGUUUAG